UUUCAUGACGCAAAACAAAAAUAAUAAUUCUAUAUUGAUUUAUUUCUAAUAUUUAAGUUUAAUAAUCUUCGCUAAAAACACGCCUGAAAAUAAAUAAGAACCUGUUCUGUGGCAUACCUAUCGAUUGUGUGAACUAAGACUCCGUGUUCAAACUUGUGAAGAUUAAGAGGUUUAAUUUCUAUUAAUAAUUGUGUAAAUACUAAAUAGACUAGAUUUGCUCGUUCUCCACGAAAUGGAUUGCGUUGCAUCAUUAAAGAUUCUUGUAAUAGGUGAAAGUGGAGUAGGAAAAUCCAGUAUCAUUUUGGCAUUUACAACAGGCAGCUACAAUGCAUCAUUCCCAGCAACAAUAGGUGUUGAUUACAAAUGUAAAGUAAUGGAAGUGAAUGGUCUAAAAGUAAAGCUUGGUAUUUGGGACACCGCUGGUCAGGAGAGAUAUAGGACAUUGACAAACAGUUUUUACAGAGAUGCACAUGGAGCAAUAUUAGUAUAUGAUGUGUCAGAACCAAAAUCAUUAGCAAAGUUGAAUGAGUGGGUUGAAGAACUGCAGGUGUAUUCAACAAAGAAAAAUAUUGUCUGUCUUGUUGUUGGGAACAAAAUUGAUAAGGAUCGAGUAGUGACACGUGAGGCUGGCCAGGCAUUUGCACAGAAACACCGAAUGUUAUUCAUUGAAAGCAGUGCGAAGACACAAGAAGGCAUCAACUUGGCGUUUGAGGAACUUGUACAAAAAAUUAUUGAAACACCUGGUCUUUGGGAGUCGUCAGGGUCAUCUUCGAAUAUUCGUAUCUCAAACGAAGAGCGGAGACAGCAGGAGUCAUCCUGCUAUGAUUAUACAUGUUCUAUAUAAUAUUUUAGGUUGCCUUGGUUGGCUAAUAUUGGCGAAUUGUAAAAUAUAAUAAAUAGAUGUCACCACGGU